AUGACAGAUAGACCGCUUUUAUUUCAUAUUUCUCCUCAUUGGAGGCAAAGUAAUGCGAAUUCGUCAACGGAAAAAGAUCAAAAACAUAUCUAUCCAUCUCACGGCAUCGAUAUAUGUUGUAAUCAAUCUGUUCUUAAUCUAAACGCUGAUAGGAAGAAAAAUACUCCUAGUGACUCCCGGCUGAAGUAUCGAAAUCAAAUAUCGAAUAAUUUGAAAGAUUUAUUUUUACAAUUUUAUCGUCUUAAUUUAAAUACAAAUGAAAAUAUAAAAUCAGCUGAAGAUUUAAAACAAAUCUUAACCGAUAUGCGAACAUUGAAGUAUCAAUUGUACAAUACACAUGGAUCGAUUUGUAUGCAAAUGUACUCUUCUCAAUUGAAGACAUGUUGCUGUAGUCAGAAUCAAUCGGUUGAAAUUUGUAAAAAAAUCUCCGAAUUCGAGAAUGAACUUUUACGAAAAAAUUGUGUUGAAUAUGUCUAUAAAAUUGAACGUAUAGCAAAUUAA